GUUGUGUUGCGUUACAGUCACGCAUGCCAUGACCAUUGGUUCAAAGCGCCACUUGGCGCAAGCGAAUGGACGCUGCGAUGGGUGGAGAUGGCAUGAAGGUAUGAAACCAUGUGACAUACUGUAGAGGAAGCACAUCCCUGUCCUGUAUGUACGACGAUGAUGCCAUGGCAGACAGGAGGCAGAAAGGAGGAAAGAAAAGUCCUGCCCGUCCCAUCCGCUCCCACUUCGUACGAGAAAAAAAGAACGGGCUCUGACUCUUUUGGCGCUGGCGCCGUUGGGCCCUUUGAUGCAGAUUGGAUCAGAUCGAGGUUUUUGUCAGUGAAUUGAUCGAGCCUGCUUACGGAGAGAGCGAGCGAGCGAGAGGCGGGGAUCUGGAUUGAAGUUCUGGUGGUGUUUAGUGCUAGUUAGUGAGGACGAUCCUGUGCACCAGAGAGAGAGAGAGAGAGAGAGAGAGAGAGAGAUGGAGGCAGUGCAGGUGGAGGUGGAGUGAUGAUAGUUUUGCAGCAGGAGACGGAGGGUGGGAGGAGGAGUUGGGUGGCGAGAGGACGAGCAGAGCCGAGGAGUGGAGUGGAUUGAGCUCUUCGUUCGACGUCCGAUAGGGAAGCAUGACGAUGUGGAAUGGAUCCGGGGGAGUGCACUUCUCUGGUGAUGAGGAAGAUAGCAACGGGAGUUUGGCCAGAUGUGUUCUCUCGAAACGGGGGAGUAAAGCUCUGAAGCCAUUUUCUCCGUACAUUCAGGCUGUCAAUGAAGCGAAGGCGCAUCAGUGGACGCCGAAGAAUACGGACGGAUAUUUUCUUAUGGCAACGGCUGAGAGUGUGCUGUCCUUCGACCUCAUCCACGAUAAGAUUCGGAGUUGUCGAGAAGUACCUGCCACUGUCGGCCUUUACGGAGAUUUUAGAGGAGGCAAUAGAUUACGAAAUGCAAUUGCUAAGAUGAUGGAGAGGACUUUUAUGGGUGUAGAGGUGAAUACUUCCAACAUUUGUAUAUCGAGUGGAGUUACAGCGGUGUUGGACCUCUUCUUUUUUGCAACAUGUGAUGCCGGAGAUGGGUGUCUAAUUCCCGCACCUUACUUUCCUGCCUUUGAUAAUGACAUGGCAAUUCGAAAUGGAGUAGAACCCAUACCUGUGCAACCAGCAGAUACUCAAACCUAUAUUCCAACUGCAACCGAAAUGGAAGCAGCAGCAGUCGCUGCCGAAAUAAAAGGCGCAAAGCCGAGGGUGUUGCUGGUAACAAAUCCUGGGAACCCACUCGGCACUCUGUACCCCGAAUCUACAUUGAAAGAGUUGCUAGUGUGGGCAGUAAAUCGAGGACUGCACGUGCUGUGUGACGAGAUAUAUGCGAACUCCAAAUUCGGAACCUCAGCAAAUGAGUUCAUUAGUAUGGAGAAGGUGGCCAGUAUUGCCGUUGCAGAGAAUUUGUUGUCUCAAAAGUCAGUGGCGGAGAGGGUUCAUACAGCCUAUGGAAUGAGCAAAGACUUUGGGAUGAGCGGCUUUCGUGUAGGCUGUUUACAUACAAGGAACAAAGACAUGCAGAAGUUUUGGCAGAAUAUGGGUAUGUUUGCUGCAGUGUCUAAUGACACACAACAUGCACUGUCGAUAAUGCUUGAAGAUGAGGAAUUUGUUGAUUUUUACGUCGCUGAAAAUAACAGGCGGUUGAAGAAAUCUUACGAACUUUUUACUUCGCUGUUGACGGCCGAAAAGGUCAAUUACAUGCCAGCAUGUGCAGCCAUGUUUUGUUGGCUUGAUCUGCGCACUCUCCUUCCCGAGCCUACAUUUGAAGCUGAAGAUCGCUUGUGGAAGGAAAUUAGAGACGAGUGUCGCGUUAUUCUUACCCCAGGUAAAGCUUGCCACUAUGCUGAGCCUGGGUUUUUCCGGGCGUGCUAUGCAUCAAUGCCACCCGAGCAUUUGAAAGUGGCUACCCAGCGUCUGGCCGCAUUUGCAGAAAGGAAGCGGAGGAAGAGAAAGGCAGACAGCCUUGCAGUUUCAGAUUGACUUGUUGGAGGUGGUCACUCCUGUCUGCGUGAGGCGUCUUCGAUUCGAUUCAUUGAGAAGUCUACAAUUACCCUAUUUUUACAAGGGUUCUAUACUGGCCAACCUUGUACCAUAAGAGAAAUAAAUUACAGUUUCAAGC